AUGGAUAUCAGAGAUCGGUCUGCAGAGUUCCAAAAGAGUGUUCUUGUUUACAAGAAGAGGAACAAGGCCAAUUUACGACAACAGGAACCUCAGAGUAAUGGUGUACAGGGAAAAUCAUCAGAAUUUCAGAAGAGGGCAUCUGGUAUAGCCCAUGAGAUUUCUUCUACAGCACAAUUGCUUUCGAAACUUGCGAUCUUAGCGAGGAAAAAACCGAUGUUCAAUGAUAAUCCGGUGGAGAUUGCUGAGUUGUCAUUCCUAAUCAAACGAAAGAUAUAUGCGAUUGAACAGAAUCUGAUAGAACUGAGUAAAAUUCAAAGAUCACGACAACAACCUCAGGAAAAGAUCAAUGACGGAACUCACUCAAAGAAUGUGAUGACUCUUUUAAAUACCAAAGUGAGGAACAUAUCAGGUAAUUUUAAGGAUGUAUUGGAAGAGAGGCAGAAGUUGGAAAUGAACAACCGAGACCGAUGGGAAAAAAUCUCCAGCGGCAAGAGCAAUGAGGAGUCUAAUGAUACCUCGAUGUAUAAUAGUUCAAAUCCCUUCAUGUCAUCUGUGAUAGCUGAUGGAGAUGGGAAACCGACCGCUGAUGGUGAAUUGACCAUACCAAAAGAUUCUCAAUUAUUACUUAUGGAAGAGGGACAGAUGUCUUCGAAUCAAUAUUUACAAGAAAGAAACCGUGCCGUGGAAACCAUCGAAUCUACCAUCCAGGAGGUGGGAAACCUUUUCCAACAAUUAGCAUCGAUGGUGCAAGAGCAAGGUGAAGUGAUUCAAAGGAUCGAUGCAAAUGUGGACGAUAUCGAUAUGAACAUUACAGGAGCACAAAGACAAUUACUCAAAUAUUUUGAUAGAGUAAAGAGUAAUAGAUGGCUAGCCGUCAAGAUCUUCUUUGUGAUAUUUGUGUUUUUCCUGAUAUGGGUAUUAGUGAACUAG